AUGGACUACAUUCGUCAGCUUACGGGUAGUGCCAACCUGAAGGCCAACAGCUCGCGGGGCGAGUCUCCCAUCUCGGACAUUGUCGAGACGGCCGAAGAGGCGCAGAUCAACAUCGACUCGGCCGUCCAGGCGGUCCUUCAUGCAGCUGAGGUGGCUCGACACGACGACGCCGACGACGCCGACGACACCGACGUCGACGCCAUGGAGACGAAGGACACCACGUCCAGCCAUGUCGGCGGCGCUACUCAGGUCGAUGUUCAGCCGGUGCGAUUCGAGCAAGACCCCACUCCGGCUUGCGAUGCGGGCCAGGCCGGUUUGACCGAGGAACAGGCUGCUCAGGCACUGCGCUCUCUGUACGAUGCCGCGGAACAGCACGAUGGCCAAGUCGAGACUCAGGCCAGCCCUACGGGUCAGAUUCGCUUUGCCGAUCAGGCAAGCCCUGCGGGUAACGUUCGCACCGCCGACGCGAUGGACGAAUCCAUGCCGCUGUCCAACCAGCCCGAGCCUGUGGACGUUAAGCCGAACCAGCACGAGGCUACCCAGGAGCCUACUAUCGGUCUCAACAUCCGCGACGCCAAUGGUUACAGCACCAUCUUCCGCUGCAAACCCUCGAGUAAGUCCCCCUCCCCAUCUCUCCCUUUGACCGCAGGUACUGACUCGUAUCGCGGAUGGAUUGUAGCCAAGCUGUCCAAGGUGUUCAAGGUGUUCGCCAAGCGCUACCAGACCGAACUGUCCAAGAUCCGAUUCAUCUCAUCCGACGGAAGACUGCUGCCCAAGUGCAACCCCAAUCUCACCGUCCAGAGUGAGGGAUUCGAGGACGGCGACGAGAUCGAGUGA